GUCGACGGUGGACUGUUGCGUGCGAGUGUUGCGGGACAGAACUGGACACAAGCCAAGCUGGAGGAACGCCAAGUACGAAAUACACAAGUUUAAAGAUUUCUCACGUCGUGAUGAAGAAGCUCCUCACCUCACGAAUCUUCCCAGGAUGGUUGAGAAUCCAACCAUCUUUUUACGAGAAUCAACACGGCACAGAGGAUACUGUCUCGAUGGUGUUCCGCCGGCCCGAGUCCCUGCCCCUGCCGUCCACGUGGCGCAGGUUCACCGUCUGUAACACUAACCUGGUCGUCAGAGACCUCACUGAGGACCUGCGGGAGACGGCUGUCCAGCUUCUGGUCAAGUACUUCACGGCUCAUGAACCGCCGUGCAAAUAUAUCGAAAUCAACAAACAUCCAACAGCUUUGGGGGAAUUGGAGAAGUUGUGGAGGAAAACCAUAGACGACCAGCUCUCGAUAGUCUGCGUGAAAGAAGACGACCCCACUGACGUCAUCGGAGUCAACGUCCUCACGGUCUCUGACCAAAACGACAAGGAGGAAGAGUUUAAAACGGAGGACAAGAUCUGGGCAAAACUGUUUGGAGCCGUGGACCUGGUGACGCGAGCCGUGGACGUGUACCAGACCUUCGGCGUGGAGAGAUAUCUGACGGCAUACGGAUUGGUCGUGGAUCCGCAAUGGAGAGGCUGGGGCAUCGGCAAGGAGAUGCUGUUGGCUAGAAUCCCGCUGUGCAAAGCUCUCGAUAUAAAGGUGACAGCAACCGUAUUUACCGCGGGGGCGUCACAGGCCGUGGCUAGGAAGGCCGGCUUUAAGGAGCUGUACAAGAUCUCCUACCAGGAGUUGGCAGAGCAGGGCUACAGGUUCCCGGGUAUCGAAGAAGACACGAAAUACUCCAAACUGAUGGCACUGGAAAUUUGAAUGUUGCAAUUGUAAAAAAUAUUACAUGAAAUUGGUAAUCAUUUAGUGUUGUAGACACACUGACUCGCUUUAGAUUUUAUCGUCAUAUACUAUAUACUAUUAUAUAUUACACUUAAGUACGUUGGAUUUUAACUCUUCAUUUAACAUAAUAUACUUAAUCUUAGUUUUUUCUUGCCACGUGAUUGUAUAUCUAAAUAUUAGAAUUUAUGUUAGAACAUUUCCAGUAAAGAUGGACGCUUCGCUUCACUAUAACGUUAGCUUGUAAACACUCAAAUGCGAAAUAAUUUUUGUUCACUAUAGAUGUGUUUAAAUUG